AUGGCAGUAGCAACUUCACCCAGACGUGAGACAGAUCGUCAGCUACAUCCGACGGGUUUAGAAACAGAUGGAUUCACUGUGAAAUCAUUACUAAAAAACGCAAAAGUAACGCCACCAAAAAAUUCCGGUGCAACAACAAUACGUCCGAGUAAACCAACAGCAUUUCGAAAAUUUUAUGAGCGUGGAGAUUUUCCUAUUGCACUUGAACAUGACACAAAAGGAAACAAGAUAGCUUGGAAAGUUGAAAUAGAGAAAUUAGACUAUCAUCAUUAUUUACCAUUAUUUUUCGAUGGUCUAUGUGAAAUUGCACAUCCGUAUGAUUUUUUUGCUAGACAAGGGAUACACGAUAUGCUUGAACAUGGCGGAAACAAGAUAUUACCUGUUAUACCACAAUUAAUCGUUCCAAUUAAAAAUGCCUUAAAUACUCGAAAUCAUAAAGUGAUAUGUACAACAUUGAAAAUAUUACAACAAUUGGUCAUGUCAGCUGAUAUGGUUGGCGAAGCGUUAGUACCGUAUUAUAGACAAAUAUUACCUAUAUUUAAUUUAUUUAAAAAUUGGAAUUCUAAUCUUGGCGAUGGAAUUGAAUAUGGACAACAACGUCGUGAGAAUAUCGGAGAUUUAAUUAACGAAACAUUAGAAGUAUUUGAACGUCAUGGUGGCGAAGAUGCAUUUAUUAAUAUCAAGUAUAUGAUCCCCACGUAUGAAUCGUGCAUGUUGAAUUAA